AUGAGAAAUGCCAGAAUAGAAGUGGUGAAGAUCUUAUGUAAUCUUGAGUUGAUAUAUCCUCCACCAUUUUUCGACAUAAUGAUUCAUCUUAUUCUUCAUUUACCUGAUGAAACCGUUCUUGGAGGGCCUGUACACAUGAGAUGGAUGUAUCCUUUUGAAAGAUAUAUGAAAAAACUUAAAAAUUAUGUCAGAAACAAAGCCAAACCAAAAGGCUUAAUAGUAGAGGGUUAUGUUGCAGACGAAGCUUUGACAUUUUGCUCUAUGUAUCUUGAGGGUAUGCAAACUAAAUUCAACCGUGCUGAUAGAAAUGAUGAUCCUGGCCUUCCAAAAAGGCAAUUUUUUGUCUUUUCAUCACAAUGUCGAACAAUGUCGGCUAAGAAAAUCGUUGAACUUUGUAACGAGGCCAAAAAACCAUUACAUUGGUAUGUAGUAAACAAUUGCGAUGAGGAUGAGAUAAGAAGCUAUAAAUCUGAAUUGAAAUUAGAAUUGCCUGAAAGUGAUUUCAAAAAGGAAUUUCCUUCAUGGUUCAAAGAAAAGGGGUUGGUAUAUGGUUCGUUGCGUGCAUAUUCAUACACUGCAUGCAUAGUAAAUGGUGUCCGAUUUGUCAUGAAUAGUCGUGAUCUCUGA